CAAGAGCAACAGCAGCAGGCAGCAGGCGAUUCGACUCCGUAUUCGAAAUAUAUGUAGAAGUGUCUGCGCAUGCGCCAAAACUUACUGUUUCAAAAAUAAUCAACAGCUGUCUGUCCCAUACUCCAAAUCCGUUUCGUUUACCGGAGUGUGCGUGUGUGAUUCAUUUCGGUUUUUGUGGUGUCAAACAUUCUCUCGAAAAAGUGUUUUUAAACUUUUACAAAAGAAAAACAUAUAACAUAUAGUGCACGUGCAUUUCAUAGUCGAUUCUGACGCGGACAUCGUUUUGUUGUGUGUCGGUUUUUAUGCAAAUCGCGCUGUAAAUAUAAUUAUAUUCAGAUACAGAUCAGAUUGUUAAUCGCUGAUUUGCUGAACAAAUUAUAUAAUUUGCCGUAAACAACUUCCAUUUACAAUUGCAAGAGCGUCGGCAGCGGCGUCAUGUCCAACACGGAGAAAGGAGGCCUUCACAGAGUCAGAGAGUAUCUAUCAUGUCGCCAAGUACUCAAUCUGCUGACCAUGCUCGGCUUUAUGCUGAACUAUGCCCUGAGAGUGAACCUCACCAUAGCCAUCGUGGAUAUGGUGCGGCCAAACGCCAGCGAAUUCAUCAAUAGCACCCUGACGGGUAACGCCACUGCCGGCAACAGUUCCAGUUCCAGUCCCGACGGUGUGGAGGUAUUUGAGGAGCGUUUCCCAUGGGAUUCCUACCAGACCAACUUCGUGCUGGGCUCCUUCUUCUGGGGAUACAUCCUCACGGAGCUGCCCGGCGGCCGUCUGGCCGAACUGAUCGGCGGUGUACGCGUCUUUGGACAUUCCAUGCUGUGGGCCAGUCUGUUGACCUUGAUCACGCCGCUGGCGGCGCACAUCAACUACGUGGUCCUGAUCAUAGUCCGUGUCGUGCUCGGCUUCAUGUUGGGCGCCUCCUGGCCGGCCAUUCAUCCGGUGGCAGCUGUCUGGAUACCACCCAUGGAGCGAUCCAAGUUCAUGUCCAAUAUGAUGGCUUCCUCGCUGGGAGCGGCCAUUACCAUGCCUGUCUGUGGCUACCUCAUCUCCGUCGCUGGCUGGGCCAGUGUCUUCUAUUUGACGGGAGCCGUGGGUCUGGUUUGGUCCCUGUGCUGGUUCACCUUUGUCUACGAGACCCCCGCCACCCAUCCACGCAUCAGCGCCGAGGAGCGACGCGAGAUCGAGGAUGCCAUCGGCACAUCCACCUCCAAGAAGCGUCCCAGCCACGUGCCCUGGGGCCAGCUGCUCUGUUCGCCCGCCGUUUGGGCCAUCAUCAGCUGCCACGGUCUGGCCGUCUUUGGUUUCUUCACGGUUGUCAAUCAGCUGCCCACGUUCAUGUCUCAGAUCCUGCACUUUGACAUCAAGCAGAACGGUCUCUUCUCCUCGCUCCCCUAUCUGGGAAAGUAUGUGAUGGCAGUGGCCUCAUCAUACCUGGCCGAUUACCUGCGUAAGAAGGGCACCCUGAGCACGACAGCCACAAGGAAGCUCUUUACAACAUUUGCUCUGGUCACUCCUGGUCUGCUGAUGAUUGUGCAAGUCUUCCUGGGCUACGAUGCCACCUGGUCUGUGACGAUCUUCUCGCUGGCCCUGUUUGCCCAUGGAGCUGUCACGGCUGGCUAUUUGGGCAAUGGUCUGGAUAUUGCGCCAAACUUUGGCGGAACCAUCUUCGGCUUGGCCAAUACACUGUCUUCGUUUGGCGGUUUCCUGUCCACGUGGAUGGUGGGAGCCCUGACCUAUCAUGAUAAAUCCUUCCAUCAAUGGCAAAUUGUGUUCUGGAUACUGGCGGCCACCUAUAUCUCUGCAGCCGUGGUGUUUGUCGUCCUGGGCUCCGGUGAGCUGCAGCCCUGGAAUAAUCCACCAGAGCGCAAGAAGAUCAGCGAUGUCACCCAGGAGGAGGGUGUGCCACUCAAGAGCGAGAAGUAAAUCUUGAAGAAACGGAAACUUGAAAAAUUCUAAAUUUGAGCAUCCCACCACCACCACCACACCUCCAUCCGCACAAGUUAUAGUAGUUUCUACUGCACCUUUGAGAUUUAUGAUUAUUUCUUAGUCAAAACCAAACCUCGGGCAGAUGGAGCACAUUGGAGCACUGAAAACGGAAAAAACAUGAUACGAAAGACAUUACUUUUAUAAAUACUUUCUUUAUACAUACAAUCCUCUCACAAACAACCCUUCCACACACCAUUCACACAUGUCUGCUUAAUGGAAAUUGACUAUAAUGAUAAGUAAUAUUUACUUUAGAGGAGCUCCUUCAACAGGCAGGCAGGCAGGCGGGCGGCAUCCCCAUAUGUUAGCUGUGAAGUCCGCUAGCUACUUCUUUUCUAUGUACUAGUAUGUCUAUAAAUUAAUAUAAAUAUAAAUGUAUGUGUAGUCUAAAUGAUUUAUAGUAUUCUUUAUGUCCAUGGAGUGCCCUGCCCCGAUAGGGCACGAAAUGCUUUGUCUAAUUUAUAAUGUAGUCCUAAAUCUUGUUUAGCUUAGAUGAACAGAAUACUUAUGCUAGUAGCUAAAUACGAGUACAAUACAUACAGAUACGCAGUUUGCAAUUGGCAGAUGCAGUUUGCAGUUAGUGUAGCUCUAAGUUGAGUGAACAAUGAAUGUGUCAUCUGUACUAUACUCGAUUUCGAUAAUUUAUGUAAUUAAUUUAAAAAUUUUAUAAGUUAAUAAUAAAGCUUAACAACCAAAAGUCAAA